AUGAACUCUUUUAGAAACGAUAAUUAUUGUAAAAAACCUUUUACCAAAGAAAUUCCACAGGCAGAUUUUUAUACUCAUAUUAACAUUUACGAUUUAAUUGUCAAAUGUAAAGAGAAUAUUGAAAAAAUUAUAAAGUUUCGAACUGUUGGGAUCAUUGAAAGUAUUGAUGGACACUUUUACAUAAAAGAUAUUAAUUCAAUUGGAAUAGCCAAGAGACCUAGAAUCAUAGUUUCCAUGGCUUAUAUGAAGACACCCUUGCAAAAUACUAUCCUCCCAUAUACAGCCCAGGUCUUUGGGACAAUUCAAUGGAAGGGUAGACCAGUCAUUUAUGCUUAUAUAAUACAAGUACACAGCCCAGCUAUAGCAUUAAAAAUAAAUGAAGUAGUUGGAACUAUUACUAGAAGACACCUAGCAGAAAGAUCGGAGGAUUGUGAUGUU